UGUGUUCAGUGGCAGCUCGUCACGAUGUGUGUGUCGAGGUGUCUGCGGUGUGUCGGCGUGUCUCUGGUUCCCAUGGCGAUAGUCUGCAUGCUGUCCAACAUCCUGCUGCUGCUUCCUGAGCUUGACAUUCGCUUCCUGUUGGAGGGUCACGUGACCAGAGAGGCCACCUGGGCCACAGGCCUGUGGGGGUCGGGCUUCCUGGUUUUACUCGGAGCUCGAGCCUUUAUUCAGAGCAGCAGAACCAGAGGCUGCUGCGCCUUCAGGAGUCAGAUGUUGUGUCAGGCGGUGUAUUCCUGCAUGUGUCUCCUGGCUGGCAGCAGCUGUUGUCUGGUCAGUGCCACCGGUCUGUCUCAGGGUCCCCUCUGUCUCUACAACACCACCACAGGUCCGACCUGGGGGGUGCCCCUGCGGCCCCUCCCUGACCGUCACUCAGGGUACCUGUAUAACAGGACUCUGUGGUCUGGGGUCUGUCUGCAGCCCCGUGCUGUGGUCAUGUGGAACGCAGUUCUGUUUAGUGUGAUGGGGGGCGCCAGCGGGCUGCAGACCAUCCUCUGCGUGGCCAACGUCCUCAACUCCCUGCUGGGACUGAUCCUGGGACGGGACAUUUGCCGCAACAAGGUCCUCAGAGGUCUGUGUUUCAGAGUUCAGGUUAAUGUUAGGUUCGGGGUCAGAAUCAGGCUCAAGCCCAGAAUCCUCGGUUACAAGUCAGUCCAGUGUCGGUGUAAAGCGGUCCACCUCUGGAUCCUGAGCGAGGAUGUCAGCUGUGAAAACCUUUUAUUUUGGCGGGUUGACCUGAGGAUCUCAGAGCUUGAAGCUGAAACGAUUUAGUUUGAAAGGCACUGAUGCACUUUAGAUGAACAAUAUGAAAAUUUAUUAUGUUUGCGCCAUGAAAAACUUUAAUUAUUAAAUAAAGUUUUAUUUAAAAUGUUGAGUUAUUAUCAGGAAUAAAUAAACUGCUUAAAAAAUCAUCAACAAAUAAUGAUAAUUUACUACAAUUUACAAUUAUUUUAUUUUAUAAAUUAAGACAAUUAUUAAUUUGUCCAGUAACUAAUUAUUACACUUCUCAUUUUCAUAUUUUUUAUUGAUCAGUGAUUAAUCAGUCAUUAAUCAUAGAUAUCAGACGUGUCUGGAACUGAAGUCUCUCCACAUAUUUGGUCACUGAGACUGAUCACGAUGAUAAAUGUGAUUAUUAAAAAAAACAAAUUGAUCAGAGUUAUUGAUCAGGCUCCACUCCUUCAGAUUUCUUCCUCACAGACGUCAAUAAAUCAACGAAUCCUC